CACCUGGGUGGGCGUGGACGCCGGCUGGGGUAGGGGGAACCCGGCACCCUCCUAGGCACCCGGGGGCUGGGGUGGGGGCGAGGCCAGGCGGCCCAAGGCGCUCCUGGUGCCAACAAGGAAGGCCCAAACGCCGGCCUCGGGAGUGGCGCGGGGUCCCUCCAAGUUUGGGGGUUGUUUUGUACUGUCCCCGGCGAGCGGAGGGGCGCAGAGUUGGGGUGGGUGAGCGGUAAAGCCGGCUGCGGGAGGAGGGGGCGAGCGGAGGGCCGUCUACGCUCCUUCCUGCCCUGGGAAAGGAAGGGAAGGAACGGGGAGGGGGGCGAUGUCCCGGAAUGUCGGGCCCCUUGGCGAGGCCGGCGUGGAGAGCGGGGAAGUGGGGGGCGGGAGGGACCGCUGGGGAGAUGGACCAGGCACCCUGCCCCCUCCCCAACCGCCGCAUUCCAAGCCGAGCAGCGGAUGAGGUCAUCCCGUCCGGUUCCCCUCGGGCCACGGCAGCCGGCUGUCCCCUUCUUCCGCGGAGCGACCCUCCCCAUUCUAAACCCCUGCCUCCCAGAGGGAAUGUUUUAUGGCCAAAGUCUUCACGGCACUUCCAACGCCAACUGGCCUCGAGAUUGUUCUGUCCUUGCCUCUACCAGGCAGGACCCGCGAAGUCUGAAGCCCAUUUUCUAGACCGGGAAACUGAGGCCUAGAGAGGUAGAGGGACCCGCCGGAGGCCGCGCCAAGCGCCUUUCCCGGACUGGAAACCAGGACUGGGGGACACUUGGUCCGUGGCCAAUCCCCUCCCCCAGUAGAGGGCUUUGGCCCUAACUUGGAGUGGUGGUCCAAGAAUUGUCUCCCCCAGCCCCCCACGCUCUUCCCUCUCACUCCCCUGUGGCCCUUGGUGCUCCCUCCUAACCCCCUCAGACUCCAGCAACUUCUGUCUUCGAAGCGACUUCGGACAGCUUGAUACCCUUUUCCUGGUUUCAGUUUGCCCGUCUCUCCACGUGCGGGGGGUGUGGGGGCUUUAAGGGCUAUGAGGGUCCCCAGGGAGUUAAUCUUUUAUUCUAGGGCCAGUCCUGACCCAGUCAGGGCCACGCUGUCCAGCGGUACUGGUGGUGGUACCUAGCUGGACACGGGUGGCGAGGGGGCUGUGUGCAUGUGCGUGGCCUUUCUGGUGACAGGUGGCGCGCUGGCAGGCACGCGGGUGACCCCCAGUGUGCAAGGUAGAGGGUGAGGACAGACCUUCCAGAGGCAUCUGGGAGGCAGGAGCAUCCUAAGACUGGGGCAGAAGCUGGGCUCGCAAGUCAAAGUGGCCGUGGGGAUUCGGUGGGCACCAGGGUCCCUUUUGCUGAGGAAUCUACCCCUGGGCAGAGAGGGGCUGACCACACUCGAGACACAACCUGUUCCUUCCCUGUUCUGAGACCGAACACCUACAGGGGCUUCCCCGGGGCCAGGAGGCAGGCCCCAGGGAGAGAACAGCCAUGAGCCUUCCAUAGCCGCAGCCUUUGGGGGUGACCCCUUAGGAGCGCAGGGGGCGAGGAGGGCAGCUUUCGUGCACCCCCCUUCUGCAGGGAAGGAGGGAGCUGAGACGUGGACCCCGAGCCCGAGCCCCAGGCAGGGGCAUGGACCAGCAGCGGUGAAGAGCCAGAGCUGAUGCCAGGCCCCCAGGGGGCAGGAAGAGCCCCCGCCAUGAGCCUGGGCAAGCUCUCACCCGUGGGCUGGGUGUCCAGCUCGCACGGGAAGAGGCGGCUAACGGCAGACAUGAUCAGCCCCCCGCUCGGGGACUUCCGCCACACCAUGCACGUGGGCCGUGGUGGGGAUGUCUUUGGCGACACCUCCUUUCUCAGCAACCACGGGGGCAUCGGGAGCACUCACCGCUCACCCCGAAGCUUCCUGGCCAAGAAGCUCAGCAGGUGCGGCGGGUUGGGGGCUCCGCCCCGGCGGAUGGCCUCCCCGCCCGCACCCUCCCCUGCCCCACCCGCGGUCUCCCCGAUCAUCAAGAACGCCAUCUCCCUGCCCCAGCUCAACCAGGCCGCCUAUGACAGCCUCGUGGUGGGCAAAUUCACCUUCGACCGCAGCCCUCCAGCUCCAUGGACGGGCCGCUCCAGUUACGGCGUGGACUCUGGGUUCUGCACUAUCUCCCGCCUGCCUCGCCAGGAAAAGCCUCGUGACCGAGACCGUGAUAGUACCUUCCCCCCGGAGACCGGGCUUCACCGCUCUGACUCCCUCCUGUCCUUCCACCUGGACCUCGACCUUGGCCCGUCUCUCCUCAGUGAGCUCCUUGGGGUCAUGAGCCUUUCAGAAGCCUCUGCAGCUGAGAGCCCAGCCCCCAACACAAGCCCCCCGGCCCCUGCCACCAGUCCUCCUGCCCCUGCUACCAGUCCCUCAGCCCCUGCAUCAAGCCCCCAGUCCCGUGGACACUGCCCCAAUGGGGUAACUACUGGGUUGGGCCCAGCAGCUGAGAUGAGGGCCAGCCCGGUGGAAGAGGAUCCCCGUGCACCUGCUCACAUGGCCCCUGGCAGGCACUGGGGAGCAGGCUGGGGGGACAGGGACAGGCAGGGCAGCCACCACCACACUGAGGUAGAUUCCUGGCCAGAGCCCAGGAAGGUGCUUCCCCAGGCUCGGGCUUCUUGGGAGAGCCUGGACGAAGAGUGGGGGGCUCCCCAGGCAGCCAGCAGGACCCCCGUGCCCAGCACAGUGCAAGCAAACACCUUCGAGUUUGCUGAUGCCGAGGAGGACGAUGAAGUCAAGGUGUGAGCUCAGGAUCCUGCCUGGGCCCAGGGCGCCGCCCGGGAAGAGCCCAGGUGCAGAGCCUGCACCCGACAACUGGGUCUCCCCGUGAUUGAUGGGAGAGCCGAGUCGCCCCCAAGCUCCUCCGCACCUCUGCAGGACAGACGAGGGAGGGAGGCCAGAGGAGACCAGGCUCGUUCUGGGUCCUGCUGGGCUGCCUCGCCCUGCUCCCCCUGCCACUCUGGACCCACGGCCAUUCCUGAGGCCCACCCCCACCCCUCUGCCACCCCCCGCUGCUUGUGGAGGGCCCAGCCUCACAGUGCAGCCUUUGUGCUGGAAAAACUGUCCUUGCUGGGGGUGGCAGGGGGGGCAGCGGGGUGCAUACCACACAGGGCCAUUGUCUCCUCUCGCAAAGGGACCUCCUGUCCCUAGCUCAUCCUAGAGCUGCCCCCAGCAGGGUCCCUGCUGCAUGCCUGAGAGCCCCAGCCCUUGCCUAAGGCUGCUUCCCUGACAUGACAAACCUAACCCCUGGCUUAUCCCAAACGUCUCAGAGAAAAGUCAGGUGUGACCUCACAGGGGAGGAGUCCCAUCUUCUUGUGCACCCCAGACCCGCUUCUGGGUCCUGAUUAAAAAAAGCUUUUUUUAAAAA